UCAAUGUUGCAAAAAUGAAAUUAACAAACAAUUAGGUCGUGGUGGUGAGAGUAAAGUAAUUCUACUACGACAAUCUCUAAAAACAUUUUUAAAAAGUGUUUUAAAGGAGGCUCAGUCGAUGAAUGGUAGUGAAGAGAUG